AUGUUCCAAAGUGUCGGACUGUGGUGGAGGGGUUCGAAACGACACCAGUCGAAUGCUUGGGAACAGGAAGACGACGCAGAGGAGGGGGGGAAACAGGAGGAGGAAGAGGAGGAGCUGAAGGCGAAGACUCAACAGCGGAAGGGUGGACAGAGACAAACACCCCGAAAAGCAAAAGAGCAGGCGUGA